AUGUCAAACUUGACAAAGCUAGAAUUCGUGGCCUUGGAUAUUUCUGGCAAAAAUUAUUUAUCUUGGAUUCUGGAUGCUAAGAUCCAUUUAGAUGCCAUGGGGCUUGGAAACACAAUUAAAGAAGAGAAUGAUGCAUUAUUACAAGAUAAAGCGAAUGCUAUGAUUUUCCUUCGGCGCCAUAUUAGUGAGGAGUUAAAAACUGAAUACCUCACUGAAAGUGAUCCACUGUGUUUGUGGAACAAUUUGAAAGAAAGAUAUGAUCAUCAAAAAAUAGUUAUCCUCCCAAAGGCCCGGGCUGAUUGGCAGCAACUGCGGUUGCAAGAUUUUAAAGCUGUGGCUGAAUAUAACUCUGUCCUAUUUAAAAUCAGCUCUACAUUGAAAUUAUGUGGUGAUACCAUUACUGAUGAUCUUUUGCUAGAAAAAACAUUCACCACAUUUCACGCCUCGAAUGUGCUCUUACAACAAUAA